AUGAAACUGACAAAAGCCAUGAAGAAGCUCAAGUUCUGGUCAAAAAAGAAGAAGAAAAAGAGAGCUCCUCUCCUUGAACAACCACCAUCACCUCCGCUACCCGUCCUCCCCUGCUAUUACCACUGCCCUUAUAAUUACCCAGUUGAGCCAUCAGCACCUCCCUUGCCACCGUGGUUCGAGUACGAGCAGCAGCAACAACCACAUGACUCGAGUUCAACGUCAGCCAACUUGAGUCAAACUCAUGGCAGCACAUUUUCUCAGCACUCUCAGAUCAAUAAACCACAACAAACACCGAUGGAUGAUAAUAAUUUGUCUCAACAGUAUAUGGUUCCUAACCAAGCGUACGGCGUACCUGUAAUGGCAGAAGCAAGAGUAGAGAGAGCUGGUGGAGCUUUUGGGUGUGUGAUCAAUUUUGGGGCUCACUUGUUCCGUUGUUUCUUUCCUUGCUUCCACGUUCGAGAAUUGAGGUAAGCUUGUAUGUAUGAAAAGGCUGAAGCAUUGCAGAACGAUUGAAGAGAUACUUUAUAUAUCUGUAGUAAUAAAACACUUGUAAAAAAAAAUAUCUAUGACAAUUGAGUUCUCUAUUUCUAUAUCAAAAUUAUUUAGGAGCAAUUUAUUUAUCAUUUUUAAUCA